AUGUUCUUUGAAAUCAUCUUUGCGUUAUUCACCUUGCUUGCUGCCAUACGUUUCAUGGCACAAAAUAUUACUAUAUGUUUGGAGCUCAUCAUUGCAACCGUCAUUAUUGCAUUGUUAUCAAGCCCAUUUUAUUAUGCUUUGAUUAUUUCUCCUCUUGCCCCAUAUUUUCCACCAUUGUGCGAUCCUAUCGAUCCGCCUACCCCCAGAUCAUCUUACUCUCAAAACAUUUCAUCACCUCGUACCGUAGCUGGUUUGUCUUCUCCCGCCGUUGCUGGUUUGUCUCCUCCCGCCGUUGCUGAUUUGUCUUCUCCCGUCGUUCCUGAUUUGUAUCCUCAUACCACUGCCGAUUUGUCUCCUCAUGCCACUGCCGAUUUGUCUCCUCAUAGCAUUGCCGAUUUGUCUACUGCCAUUGCUGAUUUGCCUCCUCAUAGCAAUGCCGAUUUGUCUCCUGCCAUUGUCGAUCUGUUUCCGCCUACCACUGCUGAUCUGUCUCCGCCUGCCAUUGCCGAUCUGUUUCCGCCUAUCAUUGCCGAUUGGUCUCCUACCAUUGCUGAUCUGUCUCCGCCUACCAUUGCCGAUUUGUCUCCGCCUACCAUUGCCGAUCUGUCUCCGCCUACCUUUGCUGAUCUGUCUCCACUUGCCUUUGCUGAUUCGCCUUCAGUUACCAUAAAGAAAGAUGCUGUCGAAGAACUCGCUGAUUUGUUCGGUAAUCUCGACGUGGCGGACGACCACGCACAAGUCUUGGCCGCGACAAACUCACACAUUGAAAGAUUCUGCACGGAACGUCGCGAGUGCCUCCGUCGCGAAAAAACAUUAAGAAGAAAAACACAAAGAUACCAAAAAGCACGUCAGAAAUCACAUCAGAAAUAUUUAAAAGCGCUACAAGAUUAUGUUACAACCGGUCGCGCCACUGCCACCAUCAACGAUAUCAACUGA